ACAUUGGUGACUGUUGACUGCGUAGAUGGCGAUUCCCUUUCAGUGGGAGCUAUCGUUGGAAUUGUGGCUGCGAUCAUUGUCAUCGUCUUGGUGCUGCUCGCUCUUGCGUUUGUUUUUUACCGGAGGAGAAAAUCGCACCAAGAAGUUGAUUUUCAAUCUGGUGAUGAUAUCUCAACUACACAUUCAUUACAAUUCGAUUUUAAGACUGUUGAAGCUGCAACAGAUAACUUUUCAAGGAGUAACAGGCUAGGUCAAGGUGGAUUCGGUGAAGUGUACAAGGGUAUACUUCCAAACGGAACUGAAGUUGCUGUGAAGAGACUGUCCAAAACAUCAGGACAAUGUGCACUACUAGAGUUCAAGAACGAGGUUCUUGUUGUUGCAAAGCUUCAGCAUAGAAAUCUUGUUAAGGUUCUUGGGUGUUGUUUGGAGCCGGAAGAAAAGAUUAUAGUCUACGAGUUUGUUCCUAACAAUAGCCUUGAUUAUUUACUUUUUGACCCUACAAAGCAAGGUCAGUUGGAUUGGACAAUGAGAUACAAGAUCAUUUCAGGGAUUGCUCGAGGAAUUUUAUAUCUUCAUCAAGAUUCACGGCUUAUAAUCAUACACCGUGACCUUAAAGCCAGUAACAUUCUUUUAGAUGCAGAUAUGAACCCGAAAAUUACGGGUUUUGGCAUGGCCAGGAUUACUAUGGUUGGCCAAACCCUUGAAAAUACAAGUAGAAUAGUUGGAACAUACGGUUAUAUGGCUCCCGAGUAUGCAAUGCAUGGCCAGUUCUCCACAAAAUCUGAUGUAUAUAGCUUUGGGGUCUUAGUUUUGGAGAUUGUUAUUGGCAAGAGGAAUAGCAGCUUCCAGGAAACAGAUAGUAAUGAUAGCAACUUGGUCACAUCUGCAUGGAAGCUUUGGAGAAAUGGCUCACCGUUAGAACUUGUGGAUCCAACUGUUAGAAAGACUUGUGACAGCAGUGAAGUUACCAGAUGCAUCCAUAUCGCAUUGUUAUGUGUUCAAGAAAAUCCUAUGGAUCGUCCAACUUUGUCGACAAUCAUUUUGAUGCUCACUAGUAACACAGUUACCUUACCUGUGCCUCACCAACCUGGAUUUUUUUUCAAAAGCACACGUGAUCAAGACUUAUCAGCUGAAGAUUUGGAGUCAGGUCAAUCUACUGGAAAAUGUGUUCCUUUCUCUAUCAACGAUGAAAGCAUUAGUGAGUUAAAUCCUCGUUGAAGAUCAAUCUUGAUGUCCUUUUAAUACUUCUGAAGUCCUUGUUGCGGUGCUAGGACUUGAAUCUCCCUGCGUUUUCUUUCUCAGAUUAGACGUCCCUCUCACUUUUAUUCUGUGUGAUUGUAAAUUUGUAAUCAAGUUUUGUAAUUUGAAUUAUGGAAGUUUUUAGUUAAUGAUUAAGGGUACUCCAACUUAU